GAGGAGGACGAGGAGGAGGACGACGACGAUGAGGACUUGGAGGAGAACGCGACCAGCAAGCGGCAGAUUGAGGUGAAGGCCCACCAGGCGUCGCACACAAACUACCUCCUCAUGAGAGGCUACUAUGCCCCGGCAUCGUCAGCACUCGCAACCUGAGCCCCACCGACAACAUCGUCGUCAAUUCCUGCCAAGUGAAGGUGAAGAUGAGGAAGACCCCUGCCCAGGACAGCCUCUGGGCUCAAGGUCCGCCAGAUCUGGAGAACCUCCCCGUCGGAGCCUCCUGCCUCCCCAUCGCCUUCACCAGACUCCUUGGUGUCCAGGAAGAAGACUGCGAGGCAGGCCACCUUCUUCAGUCCCUGGAGCGCCUCUCUUACAGCCCUGCAGAUGCUGCCGCCGCCCUGGAAGUCUGCAGAGCCAUCGGUGAGGCUUCCCACUUUGGGGUGGCCACGGUGGACCUUGCCAGGCAGUUCCAGCACUACGAAGUGGCCGGCGGGGAUCGCACGUGGCUCUUGCCCCAGUACCUCCAGGACCUCAUUGACCUGGAGCAUGUGUUAGAAGUCGGCGGCCACACCACCCGGCUGGUGGCAAGGAGAUUCGCCAGCCCCUGGCUGCUGCACUCUGUACGCCUCAAGGAGGAUGGCCCCGAAGUCCUGCAAGGCAAAGACUCUGCUCUCCCGAAGGACCCGGCUGAGUCAGGGGAGACGGAGCUCAGCAGGGCUUCUCCUGCUCUGUCAGAGGAAGAACCAGCGAGGAAAAGGCAGAAGACGGAGGAGGAGAGUCUGGAUGGAGAAGCUGCUGCCCAAGGCACCCAGAGCAUGCCGGGAGAAGGAGCCAGCAGCCCUGCGGCCCUGAAUGCCAGCCCUGGUGGCGCAAGGACUCCAGAGAUGCAAGAAGGGACUGCCGCACUAGAGCCAGGCUCCAUACGAGGCUGCAGGAUGGACGCUGUGGGGAAGGGCAGUGGGAAAGAGGCCUCUGGCCUGAGCAGCCAGGAAGCCGAAGACUGUGGUGGUCACACCAGGGAGCCACGCAAGGAUCCCGCCUCGCAGCCGGAAGCAGCCCCUGGCGACUCCAGCGGAUGUUCUGCGGGGAAAGUAUGGCAGGCAGAAUACGAAAGCGCUGGUGGGAGCAUCAGCUUUGUCGGCCGUCCGUGGCGCAUCGUGGACGGCAGCCUGAACAAGCCAGUCUGCAAGGGCAUCAUGGAGGGGGUUCUCUGCCACAUCAUGACCAAACCUGGCAUAACGGAAGCAGCUCUGUGCCACCACUAUUUGGGCGUCCUGCAGCCGGUGGCUCUUCUGGAGAUUCUGCAGGGCCUUGAAUCUCUUGGCUGCAUCAGGAAAUUCCACUUGAAGCAGCAGAGACCAGCCUCGCUCUUCUCGAAGCCGACCCUUGAGGAGGUGGUUGGCAGCCCCAAACUGAGCAGCACGCCAGCCGUCUUCUAUGAGCCCACUGUUGACUGCACCCUGAAAAUGGGCAGGGUCUUUCCCUAUGAACUGAACUGGAACAAGUGGGUGCAGAUGGCUCCCUUGUGAUGAGGCCUCUUUUGUACAGUAGGACAGUGAAUGUCGUUGCGUGCUUUUGUUAAUAAAGAGAUUGUUUCUGUACCUCC